UUGGAAGUCUGCUGAGGCUAACUCAUUGCUCCAAGCUGAGGGUCAGAAGGUGCUUCUCCAUCUAUUGUCUCAUCCUUUGUUGAAUAUAAAAACUGAAGCCUACCACUGCUGUUUGCAAGUUGUUAAGGACUGUUUAGGUAUUGGUAAUAUUGCAAAGCCUGUGUCUUCAAUCUGCCAUGGAGUACACUUUCUUCUUCAUCCAAGAGUUUUAUAUGAAAUCUGUACGUUUGGCCUUCAGGAAGAUAAGAAUGAGGUGAAUUCUACAGCCAAGGCCAUUCUGACACAUCUAUUGCAAGGACGAUUAAUAAUGGCAGUAUUGACUUGGAACAAGUUUAUUGAGGCCCUUUAUCCUGUCAUUCCUGUUUUACAGGGUUAUGCUGACACAAAAGAUACUCUAGGUAACUGUAUCCUCACUUUGAGUGAAACAACCUCUGACAAAGGAGAGGGUAUUCUGCCUAGAACUACUAGACUACGGGCUGCUCUGCGUCUUCUCUUCUCAAAAAAACAUUUGGUUCGUUCUGUAGCACUUAAACAUUUAGCAUUCCAUCUUUUGAAUGAAGAAGGGGCGAACCUGAAACGCCCGCAUCUGCAUGGCAGUGCGCUUUCCAGCAUUUCCAACUUAUUUAUUAUGGAAAGAGCUAUUGAGCUAAAAUUGGAUGAUAAAAUGGAGUCAAUAUUUAAGGCAGAAACUAUUGAAAAACUGUAUGACAUCUUGACUUCUGAUGCUGUUGACCUAGUUUUACGAAAGUCUGCAGCCGAGCAGCUAGCUAUUAUUUUAGAAGAUACCAAAAUGCAUGACAUUGUGAAAAAGUUAGGUGUGAUAGAAAAGAUUUUGGUUUACCUUAAUGAAUGUAUACAUGUGGAUGGCAAGCUUAUGGAAUCCAUAGUGUUACCAUGUCUAACACUCUUACGCAAACUUGUAUAUGCUGAUCCAGUUGUUCGUCUGUCCCUAGCACAGCAAUCAUCUUUACUGCUUUUGCUAUUCAGAGUUUCCCUGAUAUUCCAAAAUGAUCCUGCUGUUUUAACUGAAACUACAGUAUUGAUUUGUCUUCUGUUGUUUGAUGAAGUAGCAAGAACAGAAACGUGGUAGGAAAAACAAUUAUUUAAUGGCAUUGACCUCCCUGCCUUCAGUUUACCUGUUGCUGUUGUUAGAAGGUAUCAUCUCCCAGUCAGGAUCACUGCUCAUCAUGUAGUUAGCCCUAAUACUGUUGUGGUGCCAUUGUCUUCUGAGUGCUUGACUAUGAAACCUGUGUCAGAUAUGCUUAAGAUGGCUUGGAAUCUGUCGUGGUACCAUGGGAUUGAAAACCUAUUGCAACUGAUAAAUUAUGAAAAGGAAGCAGAAACAUUUUUAGACUCGCUAAAACUAUCCUCAGAAGACUUUCUUAUACUCAAAAUAACUCACACAAACUAUGGACUGCAGGAUUGUCUUAAUUCAAUCAUUCAGGCAGUAUCCCACAGGGAUGUUAGGACUGUUCUUGCUAGGCUUAGUUUUUACGUUCUGAAUGACAGACUUGCAUUAAAAUGCAGUUCUGGGUCUUGUGGAACCACUUUGAAGAGCUUUGUUUGGCAAAAAGCAAUAAACAGAUUUCUGCAAGUGCUUCCAGCUUCUGUGGAGGAUGAGAAGCUUUUAGUAGAUGUCUUAAGAUUUUUAAACAAGUUGCUUAGAGAGCAGAGAUCAAGUUCAGAGUCAGACCAUCUGAAGUGGAUCCUGAAAUCAUUGCUUAAAAAUAAGCCAAAAUCCCUUUUAGACCUCCUGGUGCGACCGGAAUCCCAAGUGCGUGAUGAAAUAGAUGAAAUACAGACUGCUGUCAGGCAGAAACUGGAUAAAGAACUAAUUCGCCUUUUUAACACAUUGUUGUUUUGUUCCAUGUCAGUGACUGACAGAGAGGGCUUGGAACUUGCUGGCUCUUUCAGAACUGAGCUGGCUCUGAAGCUGCUACAAUGCUUAAGGCUAACAGAUGCACCGCAUUUUUAUGGACUUCCUUCACUGGAGAGAACAUUACGAGGAAUGGUUCAUGUUACUGCACUUCCAGACUGGAGUACCUACUCUGCUGAAGUUGAACCUGUCACAAUUUGUAAGAAAUAUUUAACAGGUCUUCUUGAGGUUAUCUCAUCGUUUUAUGUUGAAUGGGGAGGAAAUGCUAUGUCCUUCAUGGGAAAAGGUGUUACGAAAAGCACAGUUCUUUGCUUACUUCACUUAUCUCAUGAAAUGAUGGCUCAAGCUAAGGAUACGGAUUGGAUAUCUCUUUGGUCGUUGCCUUAUGAUAACGGUGAAGAACAAGUUGCUUCUCAGCUAGGUCUGGCAUGGCUUGUUCCUUUAUGGGUAGAUAGAGACCCUGAGGUCAGAUUUACAGCACUUGGAAUAGGAUCAGCUCUUACAUCUCUUGAGAUAGGAUGUAUCGCUUUAGCAGAAAGUUGCCAGAACAUUUCAGGAGGACUGUGGGGAACAGUGAUAAACAUCCUUCUGGACCAAUCUGAAUGUAGCAUGGUACGCAGGGAGGCUGCUUUUAUUCUACAAAAUCUCCUUGUGAUUCCAAUUCCUACAGAAGACGUAAAAGAUUGUCUUUGGCAA